CCGCCGCCGCUGCUGCUGCUGCUGCUGCUGGGCGGGCACUGCCUGGGCGAGCAGCCUGCGGCCGGCGCCCUGGCCUCCCCCGCCGCCACCGGCCCUGAGGAGACGGUGAUCAUCGGGCUGCGCCUGGAGGACACGGACGACGUGUCGUUCAUGGAGGGCGGCGCGCUGCGUGUGAGCGAGCGCACGCGGGUGAAGCUGCGGGUCUACGGGCAGAACAUCAACAACGAGACGUGGUCGCGCAUCGCCUUCACCGAGCACGAGCGGCGGCGCCGCGGGAUGGCGGCGCCAGGUGCCGGCCCAGGGCCGGGUGGUGGCAGCGAGAGUGGCGACAGCCCCCCGUCCCCGCAGCGCUGUGGCAUCCGCACGUCGGACAUCAUCAUCUUGCCGCACAUUGUGCUGAACCGCCGCACGUCGGGCAUUAUCGAGAUCGAGAUCAAGCCCCUGCGCAAGACGGAGAAGAGCAAGUCGUACUACCUGUGCACCUCGGUGGCGGCACCGCCCAGCGCGCUGGGUGCUGCCGACGGGCCGGGCUGGACGGAGACGACGUGGAUCUACCAUGAUGGUGAGGACACCAAGAUGAUUGUGGGCGAGGAGAAGAAGUUCCUGCUGCCCUUCUGGCUGCAGGUGAUCUUCAUCUCGCUGCUGCUGUGCCUCUCGGGCAUGUUCAGUGGGCUCAACCUGGGACUCAUGGCACUGGACCCUAUGGAGCUGCGCAUUGUGCAGAACUGUGGCACAGACAAGGAGAAGAACUACGCCAAGCGCAUUGAGCCGGUGCGGCGCCAGGGCAACUACCUGCUGUGCUCGCUGCUGCUGGGCAACGUGCUGGUCAACACCACCCUCACCAUCUUGCUGGACGACAUCGCCGGCUCGGGGCUGGUGGCCGUGGUGGUGUCCACCAUCGGCAUCGUCAUCUUCGGCGAGAUUGUGCCGCAGGCCAUCUGCUCCCGGCACGGCCUGGCCGUGGGUGCCAACACCAUCUUCCUCACCAAGUUCUUCAUGAUGAUGACCUUCCCAGCCUCCUACCCGGUCAGCAAGCUGCUGGACUGUGUGCUGGGCCAGGAGAUCGGCACGGUCUACAACCGAGAGAAGCUGCUGGAGAUGCUGCGGGUCACUGACCCCUACAACGACCUGGUGAAGGAGGAGCUCAACAUCAUCCAAGGGGCACUGGAGCUGCGCACCAAGACGGUGGAGGAUGUGAUGACGCCCCUGCGGGACUGCUUCAUGAUUGCCGCCGAGGCCGUGCUGGACUUCAACACCAUGUCGGAGAUCAUGGAGAGCGGCUACACCCGCAUCCCUGUCUUUGAGGGCGAUCGCUCCAACAUCGUGGACCUGCUUUUUGUCAAGGACCUGGCUUUCGUGGACCCCGACGACUGCACGCCGCUCAAAACCAUCACCCGCUUCUACAACCACCCGCUGCACUUUGUCUUCAAC